GCUCUCUCCCGACCUGCAACGCAGCGCGCAGACCUCGCGGCCGCUCUGUUUUCCCACUCACUGACGGCCGAUAGGAGAAGAAAACUUCUUUACGCACUGCAACAAUCGCCGGCUUGUGGCGGCGCGAGGUGCGUUUAGCGUCGGCAUCGCCUGUCGCAGUGAACGCCGUAUUUCUAGCUACACGUCAAUUCAAAAGUUGUCCACAUUAGAGUGAUUUAAGCAUACACAUGUGUUCAGCAUCUUAUAUAUUUCGAAAGAGUGUCUAAGGAUUCCUGCUGUAAGUGUGUCAGAGUGAACAGUGCGGAAGAACAUGGCCAAGGAUUAUGCGUCGCGUCUCCGUGAGUAACGCACAGUGCACAGUUCGGCAGUACAGUAUCUUAGCAGCAUCUUCUGUCGUCCAUCUGUAAUCCCAAAACAACACCAAGACGGCUACUCGGGCGCUAAAUUUGAGAGACCCGCUGGAGCGAAGUUUGGAGAUGAACCAGCAGUGCAAGGUGUGUGGCGAGCCGGCGGCCGGCUUCCAUUUCGGCGCCUUCACAUGCGAGGGAUGCAAGUCAUUCUUCGGACGGUCACACAACAAUCUGCACUCCAUCUCGGAGUGCAAGAACAACGGAGAGUGCGUCAUCAACAAGAAGAAUAGGACAUCGUGUAAGGCGUGCCGGCUCAGGAAGUGUAUGAUGGUGGGCAUGUCCAAAAGCAGUUCCCGGUAUGGACGACGUUCCAACUGGUUCAAGAUCCACUGCCUCCUGCAGGAUCAGCACCAGCAACAAGCAGCGUCACAGCACUACAGGCAGCAGAAGACGCCGCCCCCUGUCACACUUCCAGGCGCUCUGAACAUUUUGGGGCAGCCUGCACAACACAUGGACCCACGUCUGCAACAUCAGCUAGCCAUAGCAAUGUCACAUCAUCAGAGCCUGCAAGGUCGGACGAAGGAGGACCUUCUGCUGAUGAGACUGGACUCCAUGUCUCCGUCCAUCUCACCAGAGUCUCACAAUUCCGACACAUCUGUGGAGGUGAGCGAGAGCCGGCUUGUGGCUGGAGGGGGAAUCUUCUUAAAUAACAACACUAAGUGCUCCCCAGACCAGCGGCCGGGCUCCAACGGUAAAGACGCGUUCAUGCCUUUCCCUUUCGCAUCCCUGGCACCUCUCGGACCUGGUUUCCAGCACCCCGCAGCUUUCUUCCCCCCCUCCACAGCGACUUCCCAAAAUAACGCUAUCCUCUUCCCCCCGAGCAGCUUCUUGUACCGCCAGCCGCCACCCAAACCCCACCACAGUGUCUUCAAAAACAACAACAACCAUUAUACCCACAACAACAACAACGGAGAUGUGUGCAGUAAGAGAAUCUUUCUGGACGCCAUCCUGCGGUCCCAGCAGUCCCAGCAGUCCCCGAAAGGGGGAAGCAACAGUCGGGAAGAGGACGAGGAGGAUGAAGAAGAUGAUGACGAUGAGGAAAUGUCAGUUGAAGGCUCGUCGCUGCGUAAGCGUCGCCUGUCCUAUACGGCGAGUAGGCGAGAGAGGCGUAGGGUAUCUGUGUCGCCCCAGCAGGAUGAUCCAGAGCAGGAGAACCCUAUAGACUUAUCCAUGAAGGCUUGUCAAGACGACGAGAGAUUGACGUCCCCUGAAGGGAGUGUCGGUGACGAAGUGUCAGACCAAGAAGAGGAAGAAAGGGGCGAGAUCACCGAGGAGAACGGAGAACACGAUGAUGAGUACGAGAGUAUGGCUAAUGACCACAAGGAGCGCCACAGUCGAAGUGUGGCUGCGCCCAUAGAUCUCACAACUCGAGCAUAGACCAGUAAAUCAGUCAGAUGUUAUUUCAUCAAACUUAGGAAGCAUGAGGAGCUGUAUAAACUUGUUUGAGUGGAGGACAAAUUCUAAAUUUGUAAUUGUAUUAGGUACGUUAUUAGGCAAACACUGGAGACUCGUUUCUUCCGGGGGAAAAGUAUAUUCUCCAUCAUGGGUGACAGGUAUCGGAAGUUGUGUGAAAUCACCCAUUUUCUGUAUAUCUUCACGCAAAUUGAGGCGCUGCAUAAUAUAGAUUAUGCAGGUUGCUAUUCUGCCGCUAUGUAGGAACCGUUAUUAGUUACAAAUAGACCAAACGUGAGCAAUGAACCACAGUGGGAGGUACCUACGCUUCGGACGGUAUUGCAGUCACGACCUUUGCCGAGAAAAGUUACCUCUAUCUAGCAGCACUGUUUACUUUAUCGAACAUUAUUUCCAGAACCCAUUAAAGCUAAUGGAAUUGUCUGUCCCUCAAGAGAACAUAACGUUUUAAGAAUGGAUGUAAAGAAGGUUUAUCUGCGGACACCUCUAAAUAGAAGUGGGAAUUGUCAAAUUUUCCCGUUGAAAUAUCAGUAGUAGUAGUAGUAGUAGUAGUAGUAGUAGUAGUAGUAGUAGUAGUAGUAGUAGUGUUACCAUAUUCUUGUUAAAGACGUGUAAAAUUCACGAGAAUUACGUAACUUCGUAUCAACUACCGCCACAUUCACUGCUUAAUAAUCACGGCGCCAUGGCUCCUUGAAUUUCACUAUCACUAAUACCAACAAAAUGAAAAACAGUGACCAAGCCAGUCUAAUUGGGCUCUCUGAUCUAGCUGAUAUUGUGUCUGUGGCGUUGGUAUUACUUAAUUUCUCCCUAACUGUAGAUGAAAAUAAAAGCCGAAUGAAUCCUGGACAUUUGUGAUUUUGAGCAAGUUUUAAUCAGUUUCGAAAGUCACAGAGAAGUAGAGAAAUUUCAUACAAAUGACAAAGUUGUCCUGUUACUAAUUAACUACGCACUAUGCUAUGAAAACAUGGGUGAGGGGGGUAAAGCUCCAACAUUCUUGACUUCGGCACUAGAUGCAGGUGAGUGGCCAGUUUCACGUCCCGGUCGCUUUACCCACGUGGAAAGAGCUGCAGGUACCAAUUGGGUAGGACGCACUGCCGGGAAUCGAACCCUCACCGUCCAGCCCGUAGCCAUACCGACUCCUAGUAUAAAUUAUAGAACAAAAAAGGAAUAAAGUUGUCCUUAUACUUAACAAAAUUAAGCACUACGCCAUGAAGGCUUAUGGGGGA